GCCGCUGUUACACCACAUAACUAGCAAUGGCAGAGUUCGCGCUUGGUCUGACCAAGACGGCGGUGGAGGGGACGCUGAGCAGGGUGAAGUCGGCGAUCGAGGAGGAGGGGAAGCAGAGGGCGCGUGUGCAGGAGGACCUCAUGUUCAUCACGAGCGAGUUUGAGAUGAUGCAGGCCUUCCUGAGCGCCUCCAGCGCGGGGGAACGUGCAUCCAACAACCUGGUGGCGUGGGCGUGGGUGAGGCAGCUCCGCCGCCUCGCCUUCGAUGUGGAGGACUGCGUCGAGUUCGUGGUCCACCUUGACGAGCCGUCGCCGUGGGACUGGGUGCAGCGCCUCGCCUCGUCCCUCCCCUGCCUUGCCAGGCCGCCGCUGCCCCUUGACGAGGCGGUGGCGGAGAUAAAGCGGCUCAAGGCGAGGGUGGAGGAGGUAAGCCAGAGGAACACGCGCUACAACAUCAUGGCUGGCGGUGGCGACAACGGCGAUGAAAAUAAGCAGAUGAUAAAGCGCCCUGCUGCUGGGGGUCAUACUCAUACAUCGGCACCAGGAGCCGAGGCAUUCCACGUCCUAAGGGAUGUGUGGAAGGCCAUGGGAAAGGCUCACGAGGCCACCGUCGAUCUGAAAAGGUUGAUCGAUUGCCAAGGAAGUGAGCUCAAAGUGAUCUCUCUAUGGGGAAGUCCGGAGGCUGAUGUUGCUGGUGAACUUGAGUGGGCGAGUAGUUUUGUGAAGAAUGCCUACGUUGACCCAGAAAUCUGCCAACAAUUCAAGAAUCGUGCAUGUGUAAAGCUGGCCAGUCCAUUUAACCCAGCAGAGUUCCUCAACAACUUACUCACUCAGUUCACAUCUCACCACCAUAAUCGACAUGAUGAUAUGUCCGAGCUCAUGCUGCAAGUCAGCCAACACAAGUACCUCAUCAUCCUAGAGCAAGAACUAUCCAGUGUCGCCGAUUGGGAAGCCAUCAAAAUGUACCUUCCCGACGGCAACAAUGGCAGCCGGAUCAUUGUCUCAACCAAGCACUUGGCAAUUGCCCGUCUCUGCACGGGGGAACCCUUCCAAGUAUGCGAGUUUCAUUGCUUCUCUCGCGAUCAGUAUCUUUGUGCCAUUUUCCCAAAGGGUUGUGCGCAUAGGAUCGGCAUGGCUGAAUUCGUUUGGCAACUAAGACGACACCCUGGUGUUAUCUCCCUCUGCUCGCACACCUUUCGGUCCGAAAGCCAAUUAAUUGACGAACUCCACGAAGAGAGCACCGGUAAGUUGAGGGUAUUCGACGGACUGAAGUUUGAAUACCAGUACUACCACCCUGAUGACGAGCUCAACCUGGUUGAGUUUGCUAUGGGAAUACUUGAGGAAUGUUACCCAGAAGAUACACCGGAAUGUGUGUUUGAAGAGAUGUUCAGUGGGAUGGAUGACCAAGAUAAAAUUCAAAGCUGUCGUGAGUUUCUGACUCAACAUGAUUACCUCAUCUAUGUGAAACUGGAGCUCCUUAAGGACUGGGAUUUCAUCAGACAGCAUCUCUUAUGUGAGUCUACUAGAGCUUGCAUCGUUGUUAUUACAGGUAAUCAAAGUGUGGCCAAACAUUGUGUAGGCCACCAACAAUAUCUGUCGCUCAACGUCCACGAUCUGUUGAACGAGGAAGAGGGCGAGCAUGAACCUGAUGAGCUUGUUGGGCGUGAAGAUGAAAGCGACUUCUUCCGUGGCCAUUCUCAAUUUAUAACAGUGUCGUCUGUGUGGGGGAUCGCAGGUGUUGGGAAAUCAGCUAUCGUCAGGCCAUAUUACAACUACAUCAAACUGAACAGAGAACAUUACAGAACGUACGGGUGGGUGGAUGUGGCCCAUCCGUUCAGUUUGAUGGACAUGUGUCGGAGAUUGCUUCUGGACUUUUAUUCGGAUGAUCUUGAUGCCAAGGAAACAGCAGCAAUUGGUAUGGUGGAAGGCCAAGACCCUAUUCAAACGUGUUGCAAAAUCCUGCGUGAAAAGAAAUGCCUCCUUGUUAUUGAUGAUCUGCGGUCCACUCAUGAAUGGGACUUGAUAAAGGCAUCAUUGCUAUCCCAGGCUAAAAUUGGUUAUAGAAUUAUUGUCAUUACACGUGAAGAGAGCAUCGCCAGACAUUGUACAGUUACAAUUCAUAACAAAUACGGUAUUCUCAAUCUCAAGGGUCUAGAACCUGACAUGGCCCUUCAUCUCUUCAAAAAGAUAACUUUGGACGGCAAGCCAGAGUCUGAAUUCCCUCCCAAUGCAGAGAAGAUUUCAAAGCUUAUCACAUCCAAGUGUGGCAGCAUUCCGGAAGUAAUAGUUGCGAUAGGAAAAAUUGCCAGCCUAGGCCUAGGGAAUAUUGAGUGGUUGGAGCAUAUAAAUGUUGAUUUCAUGAGGGUACUAGACACCCCUUCAAGUUCUAGUAGUUUAAAGGGCCUAUUUUGUUGGAUGCAAUCCUAUUUUGAUGCUUGCUCAGAUGAACUCAAGCCAUGCAUUUUCUAUAUGUCCAUCUUCCCAGCCGAGCAAAGAAUUAGGCGAAGGCGUUUGCUUAGGCGGUGGAUCGCAGAGGGUUACUCCUCUUGUGGUGGUGGUGGUGGUAUUGCGGAAGAGAAGGCAGAAAAGCUCUUGGCCGACUUCAUGAAGUUGGGCAUAUUUUACAAGGGGCAGAUAUCAUCAACAACAAGAAGCUGCCAGCUCAAUGGUUUCUUUCAUGAGUACAUCAAGUCAAGGCCAAUGGAAGAUAACCUUGUGUUUGAACUACAGGGGAGUUGCGGCCCUAGCUCACGGCUCACUGGACAACACCUCACCAUAAGCAGUAGCUGGGACAGAGAUGAGAUUGUAUUCAAUAGCAUGGACUUGUCAAGGCUAAGGUCAUUGACGGUGUUUGGGAAGUGGGUGCCAUUCAUCAUCAGCUGUGACAAGAUGAAGAUGCUUCGGGUGCUUGAUCUGGAGGACACUAGUAGUAGUAGUCCACUGGAAUCAGAUGAUACUGGUGUAGUAACAGAUGAUGAUCUGGAGAUGAUCGGGAAGUUUUUGACCCGCCUCAAGUUCUUGUCCCUUCGGGGAUGCAUGCAAGUCACUCAUCUCCCUGAUUCGAUGGGUGCCAUGAGGCAGCUGGAGACCCUCGAUGUCCGACACACCAGUAUAUUUGAGCUGCCACCUGCUAUCAUCACCAAGCUACACAAGUUGCAGUACAUCCGUGCUGGCAACACUGCCACCAGAAGCCCGCUAGCACCAACACCACCACCUUCACCAACACUACCACCACUUUCACUAACACAACCAGAACCAGUAGAGCAAGUUCAUGGUGGCACUAGCCCCUUCCUAGGAGCCAAAGCAGCAGCAUUAUGUGUGACCCAGCAGGCAUCAGCUAGAAUUAAUGGAGCAUGGAAGAGCAGGGCACAUGCUUUGGUUGAAUCCAGCAACAGCAGCAGCAGCUGGUGGGAGUCCAGGAAGCAGCGGAGGAGCCGUGUUGCUGCAAAUGGCGGCGGUGUUGAGGUUGCUUGUGCUGCCGCAAAGGGGAUUGGGAAGCUGACGGAGUUGCAUACACUUGGUGUUGUGAAUAUUGCAGGUGGGAGAGGCGCCCUCCUCCUCUUCCUCAAGGCGCUCAAGAAGCUUACCCAGCUGCGCAAGCUCGGGUUGUCCGGCAUCAACCGUAAAAACUGGAAGGACUUGUGUUCGGCCAUCUCGGGUCACCUUCCUCAUCUUGAGUCCUUGUCGCUGCAACUGCUGCUGCUGGAGGAGGAUGGCAGCUAUGACUUUGCUUGUUUCGAUGACAUCUCUGAGCUGCCAAAGACCCUGAAGAGCCUUAAGGUAUUUUACACUGGUACUGGAGGUGGUGCAGGCGCAAGUCCUGCAUCCAUAAGUGCAGCCUGGAUCAAUCAGUUUCCCAAUCUCAAGAGGUUUAAUCAUGAGGUGAGGGUAUCAAGUCAAGAUGACAUGAAUAGCAUUCGACGUCGUUGCCACAAGUUUGCAAACUUAAAUUAUUCCGAGAAUGAGCUUCAUGUUCCUGGAUUCGAACGUCGUCUUGGUAUCAAGCCAAGUCAGCAGCAUAUCAGUUUUGGAGAUCAUUUCGCGAUGCUGGUUCUGGACAGCCUCGUGAUUUAUUGCAGCGGCAUAAGCUCAACGGUAACUGUUGGAAGGCCCACAACAGUACAUGUUAAAGCGGUCAGCAUUCGCUGCUGCAGCUCUUGUGGUGGAUCGUCGUGCUUGCGGAUUGAUGGGCUAGAGAGGAUACGUUACCUGAAGGAAGUCUUUGUAACGGGUCCGUGCAGCGACGGCUUCAAGGAAGAGUUGCAAAAGCAACUCAACAAGCAUCAAGGCAAACCUUCCCUGAGACUCUUGUAA